GGUGCCGUAAGAACUCCACUCAUAUUUAUUGGUUUCAUGCCCGUCGAAGUCGACUCUGGUGCGCAAAAAUUCCUCGAUACUACCUAUUCUCGAAAUUUUCAAUAUGUCUUCAACAGCCGCCCAUCAUGUCGUCGAAAAGCUUCUUCAAAACAGCCUUGAUCCAGCCAUCGUCAGGGAAAUUGUUGCCCCUGAUGCGACAUAUAUGUCACUUACCUACGAAAACCCUGAGCUAAAGAAAAUCCUGCCAUACUGCGGAGUCCAGCCUGAAGGGGGCCCUGAUGCUGUAUUAGGUGUUUUUGGAUUCGUCAACAAGAUAUGGGCGAUAGAGGAUUUUGAUAUUAAGAAAUCAUUUUCGAGUGGAGAGAAUGCGGCAGUUUUUGGUAGUAUGCGUUAUCGGUCGAAGACUUUGGGGAAGGUCUUCACAUCGCCUUUCUCUAUUUGGGCGACCGUCAUCGGUGGCAAAAUCACAUAUAUGCAGUUCCUAGAAGACACACUCUUAUCGACUAGUUCAUUUAAGGAAGGAGGUGAAGGCCCCCUAAACACAUAUAUCGUGGAUCCGGAGACAAAUGAGAGAGUUACUGCUUAGGUUGUUGGGAUUGUUGGGAUUAUAUAGCGGCCAAGCAAAGUUGGAUGGUCACUCUCAGUGAUGUUAUGAAAAAUAGAGACAGUACGAUUGAUUCAAGUUAUACCCGCCACUUCACUUUAGGC